AGUAAACACACUUUGAUCCGAUCACAUUUAUUACCGUUUAGAUCUCACCUGCAAUUCGCAGGCUUCAAGCUUUGUUUACAAAAUUUAAGUUAAUUAAGAAAUAUCCAACUUUAAAAUGGCGUUUACUAAAUUAGUAAACUUUGUGUAUAUUGUAAUUCAUUUUGUAGCAAUUGUGCUGUUUCUUUAUGGAUAUUUCUCACUUUCUGACAACCAGAAUCUUGACAACCUCAAUCAAUAUGACAACAUGAUCGCUGUGAAGCCAAUUGUAAGUCAUUGUGAAUUAUAUAAAAAGGAGCCAAUGUUUAAAAAGUUGGUAUUCGUUCUGAUUGACGCGUUAAGAGCUGAUUUCAUUUCUGUACAAUCAAUGCCAUUUGUUUCGGAACUUUUAAACAACAACACUGCCAUAAGAUUUACAAGCACAGCUGCAACACCAACUGUGACAAUGCCUCGAUUGAAAGCUUUAUUAGCCGGCAUCAGACCCAACUUCCUCGAUAUCAUUAGGAAUUUAAACGCUGGUAGUUUCAAUGAAGACAAUUUCAUUAGUAAAGCUAAAGAAGCUGGUCGAAGAAUUAUAUUCUAUGGUGAUGAUACAUGGAUGAAGAUGUUCUCGAAAGAAACGUUUAUCAAGUUCAAUUUAACUUAUUCAUUUUUUGCAACGGACUAUACUGAAGUGGACACCAAUGUAACAGAUAAUAUGAGACCUGAACUUAAUCAGCUCGAACAAUGGGAUUUUAUGAUCCUUCACUACCUUGGAUUGGAUCAUAUUGGUCACAGUUUUGGUGCAAAAUCACAUUUAUUGCCUCAAAAACUUCAUGAAAUGGACUAUGUAAUUGAAUCAAUUUAUGAAAAGGUUUCAGCGCAAAAUGAACCAUAUCUGAUUUUAGUUACUGGUGAUCAUGGCAUGACUGAUGAUGGUAAUCAUGGUGGAUCAUCUAGUCCUGAAAUUAAUACAGGAUUAUUGUUCAUUCAUACAGGUUUAUUGUCAAAAAUGACCUGGGCCAAUAAUGUACUACAAAGUGUACAACAAGUAGAUAUUACUGCCACCAUCUCGCUUCUCUUUGGGCUUUCGAUUCCAAUUAAAAGUCAUGGUAAACUAAUUACACCUCUAAUGAAACAUUGGUCUGUACCAUUGGAUCAAACAACAUGUUAUCUAUUUGAAAAUAGCAUGCAAAUGAAAAAUUUGAUGAAAUUUAGCGAUGCCACUGUCAACAUUUUAUCAAAAGCAGUUGAGGGUCAUUCGGAAUAUAUCUCUAGUGUCAACAAAACAUCUACCGUGUUGAAGUCUGUUGAAAAAAAUUACGAAGAAUUUUUACAAAAUGCUCAAAAGGAAGUAAUUAUAAAUCAAGAAUACACCUCUUCAAUUGGUCUCUUUAUCCAAGUUAUCGCCAUAUUAAUGUGUUUUUUCAGCGCCAUUAAAAUUUUGGAGAAUGAAUAUAAAGAAGUCAAUUCUGUGAUAUUCAAUGGCAACUUGAAUGAACCUUUACAAGUUUUCAUGCUAUUUGCUAUUGGCGCGCGAAUAGUACUUCUUGGAUCUACUAGUUUUGUUGAAAUGGAACCUUUUUUCUGGUCAUUUUUAUCAUCAACAAUCGUGAUACUUAGUGCGUUAAAUUUUUUUCUAGUCCAACGUACCGUUCCAAGUUUAUUCAAUUUCAUGUCAUUGCCUUUUGACUAUGCAGUUGGAAUUAUUGGACACAUCUCUGCAAUCAUACUAAUUCGAAUAGUAUCUUCAUGGCAAACUGUGUAUACGCCAUUUCUAAGUGAUUUAUUUAAUUUGAAAUCGAAUCGAAGAUUGACAACUUCUUUAAUGAUAAUUUUUUUAACCAUAAUUUCAUUUUUUUCGAGUGCAAGCCGAUUCAGCAAACAGCAAUGCAUCUUAAUUUCAGGACUGUUUUGGAUCUAUCUUUACAGGUGUGACACAAAUUUUUUAACAACGUAUCGAUUGCCAUUUUUCAAUCUGAUUCCUCCAUUGUCAUCUUUAUUCAAAGCUCGAUUGAUCUAUCUGCACAUAUUGCUUUUAUUGAUGGAAAAUUUUUUCAAAAGGCGAAAUAUCGACUUUGAUUGUAACUUGAUUGAUGGAUUGAUACCUAAAAGAACUAGACGAAAUAAUGAACUAACGCCUAGCAUUCUUAGAACCUUUACCGUUUGCUGGAUUUUACUUAUUUGCCUACUUUCGAAACUAGUCAAUAUACCUCUAAUAGCUAUUUCCAUUGGAUUGGAAAAAAUUAUCUAUUCAAUCACUAAGUGGAGUCUCAAAAAUGAUUUCUCUCAUCUUAUUUAUUUCGUAUCUACUUACUUGACUUUUGGUUAUACUUUUUAUUAUAGCCAAGGUAACUCUAAUGAUAUUUCUACUAUUGAUGUAGCUUCUGGUUACAUAGGAUUAGAUGAUUAUAUGCCAUUAUUUACUAGUAUUUUAAUUGUUUCAAAUACCUAUUCUCAACUGAUUUUUUGGCUUCUCAUGAUGUUUGUGAGAAUUACUGAAGUAAAAUCUAACCUUCUGGCUUUCAGAGUUACGAAAGCAAUCACAGGUACAUUUAGUUUUUUAAUUACCUCACAAUUUCUCACUGUUGGAUAUUUCAUGAUAGUGGCGUUGAUUCUUCGUAACCAUCUCUUCAUUUGGACCGUGGUUAGCCCUAAAUUAUUAUAUGAAACUUUCCAAUCUUUCCUAAUCUUCAUGGUUGCAGUCAUGGUAACAAUUUGUACACAACUUGGUAGAUGAAAGAACCAGAAUUGGAAGGUGUUUUUUUAUUUAGUCAUAAUCACCGAUGGAUAAAUCCAUACCUAAUGUCAAUAUAAAUACCAAAAAUUAAAACAUUGAUUCUGUUAUAUAAUUCUUUUUAAUACUGAAUAAAUAACAUUAAAAAUCUUGA